AUGGACGCCUCGGCGGACCACACCACACGGGUCUCGAUGCCUCUGUCGCCGCGAGCCGUGCCUGGCCUCAGUGUCGCUGCAUGUGAAGGCGCAGUUGAGGCCGCUGCUCCGCCCGCGAGUCUCGUGGGUGGUCAGAACGGGGGCGCGGAGGCCUCAAGCCGCUCCGGCAGCGCGGUCGGGGAGCUCGCCUUGAAUCCGGCUGAAACCCCGACUGCGUGGCUGCCCUCCAUCCCACUGCUUCCCGCGGACGGCCUGGAGGCCGAGGCGAAGGCCGCGUCCGCGCGCGAGCCAGUGACUGGCGCGCAGGCUGCAGCCGAGCAGCGGCGGCCCUUCAACCUCAGUCGCUACGUGCUUCUCGUGGUGUACGUCCUCUACACGUUUGCCUCGGCGCGCGUGCUCUUUGGCUGGCCGAAUUUGUCUUCCAUGCUGUUUCGCGCGGGCGCCUUCUCGUGGCUCUGUCGCGGCGAGCCGCUCGUGGAGGACAAGCGCUACUUGUGCCGCGCGCAGGACAGCGCUGUGCAGUUUCUCUUCACAGUCGGGAUCGCGGUCGCCUUCUGCUUCUCGCUGGGCGCGGGGCUGCUGAUGGACUUCCGGGGGCCCAAGGUCUGCGCGUGCGUUGGGCAGCUGAUGAAUACCCUGGGGUGGAUUCUUCUGGGCGUCGCGGGCGAGUCCUGCCAGACCUACAUCCCAGGCGUGCUGUGCCUCGCGCUCGGCGCCGACGCCGGCUACUUGCCCGCGCUGAACAUCAGCAACUUGUUCCCGGGUCAUGAAGGACUGGUGAUUGUGACGAUGAGUGCAGCCAUGUCUGCGUCCUUUUCGGUGCCCACUAUCAUGGACGCCUCGUGGCGCAGCAAUCCGAACCAGUCUUUCUUCUCCAUCUGCUUGGCGUACGCGCUUGCGGGGACCGGCCUCUGCUUCCUUGUCGCGCUUUUCCUGUUCCCUGCGCAAAGCUACAAGUCCCAGGAAGAGCUGGCGCAGAAAAUCCGGCAAGAAAACCAGGAGCGCGAGCGAGAGGCGCAGAACGAACUUGCUGAGCGUCCCCCGCUGGAGAAGCACAAGUCCGACGCAACAGCUGCGCAGACAGCGGCGCCUGGGGCUUCGUUGGAGGAGAGCAUGGAGGCCAGUCCGGAUGCGACCGGCGCUUCCUCUCAGCAGGGACUGGCGAGUCCCGCAGCAGGAGACGCGCAGAAGGCAGACCGUGCGGAAGACGCCGGAGUGGGUGUGGCCUUUGAGGCCGCUCGCUGCAUUCCCUUUUCCAAGCAGAUCCGGUCGCCGUACUUUUACUGCUUCUACAUUUACUGGCCGCUCAACGCGCUGUUCUACAACUUCUACAUGACGUCGGCGGAGAACUUGUUCAACGCGGAGAUCAACGACCUCCUGGGCAUUCUGGGGCCCUUGUCGAUGAUUCCCUCGAUCCUCCUCGGCAAAGUCGCAGACAUGUGGGGGGUGAUGUCGCUCGUCCUCUUCAUCAUCACGUCGGGCGUGCUCAUGUACGCCUUCGCGAUCCCCAAGUCGCUGUUUUGCUACUACGUCAGCGCAGUGUUUUCGUGUCUGUAUCUCUCGAACUUCAGUGGGCAGAUGUACGCCUACAUGGGCGACACGUUCAGAUCCACAGACUUUGGGAAAGUCGUGGGCGUCACGAGUGCAACCGGCGGGCUCCUCUCGCUGCUGCGGAUUCCGCUACACGACGCACUCACCGUGCGCGUCUUGGACGGGGACUACUUCUACGCCUGCGUCACCAUGCUCGGCCUCGCGCUCAUUUGCUUCUGCCUCGCGCUCCACCUCUUCUUCCUCAAGCGGCGGUGGCCUAAGGCUUACCUCACGCGCCCCGCGCAAGUGGAGCCCGCCGCGGAGCCUGGCGACUUAGUUCUCGUCGCUGUCGAGGGCUGA